AUGACUUUCGGAAACACCUCCGUGGAUUUAUUCUCGCAGUUUUAUGUCUUGCAGAAUUUCUCCGCGUUUUUUAAUUUAUCUUUGGUGGACGUGAUGUACAACAGAGGAGCGAACUACGAGCCGGAAUCCCACAAAACGACCAUCAAAGCGCUCCUCAUCGUCGCUUAUUCUGUUAUUAUCAUCAUCUCACUUUUUGGAAACGUGGUGGUUUGUCAUGUUGUAAUUAAAAAUAAACGGAUGCACUCAGUGACAAGUUUGUUCAUUAUGAAUUUGGCCAUUGCUGAUAUUCUUAUAACUCUCCUCAACACGCCUUUUACACUGGUCCGGUUUGUUUACAGUACAUGGGUGUUUGGGAAGGUGAUGUGCCAUGUGAGCCGCUUUGCACAGUAUUGUUCUGUCCACGUCUCUGUACUUACACUGGUCGCCAUCGCCAUUGAUAGACACCAGGUGGUGAUGCACCCAAUGAAACAGAGGAUGUCUCGGGUUCAGGGUGUAGCCUGGAUUGGCGUCAUCUGGGUGAUGGGGUCCUGCUUCUCUCUACCUCAUGCCAUCUACCAGAAACUUUUGCGCUUUGAAUUUGUCAAUAACAGGGUACGUAUGGUAUGUCUACCCAGUUUCCCACAGCCCUCUGAUCUGUUCUGGAAGUAUCUGGAUCUUGCCUCAUUUGUCCUCCUGUACAUGCUGCCAUUAGCGAUUAUCUCCAUAGCAUACCUCAUAGUGGCCAAGAAGUUGUGGUUCCGGAAUGCUGUCGGUGAUGUCACACUGGCCCAAUCGGCUGCCCAUCGCAGGAGGAAGAAGAUGACCUUGAAGAUGCUGAUUGCAGUGGUGGCCGUGUUUGCCAUCUGCUGGUUUCCCCUAAACUGUUAUGUGGUGCUGCUGUCAAGUAAAGUGAUCCCGCCCAACAACGCAUUGUACUUCACCUUCCACUGGUUAGCCAUGAGCUCUACCUGCUAUAACCCCUUCAUAUACUGCUGGCUCAAUUACAGCUUCCGUGCCGAACUAAGAGCCUUGCCUCUAAUUGGACGCAUAGCUAAAGGCAACGCUAUUCAGCAAUCCUGAGGAAGCACCCUACAUACUUCAGAAUUCUGUUUACUCUUUUUGAAUUCAUAUACUCACAUACAAAAGUACUGGAGCAGUUCAUCUUCUCACCUGAUGUGGUUGCUCUUUUUCAUCUUACCAAUGGCUCUCGUUUAGUCUUCUCCUUCUGAAUGAUACCCACACCCACAAAGAGCACUGUGCUGCCAUGUAAGAGAUGACAUAAAUGCUGAAAGAAGAUGUUAAUUAGAAACUUUUUUCUCAAGAAAAUGUGUUUGUCUAAGUAGCCGUAAAAACAUUGAAAAUGACAUACUAUGAUUUAAGUGGCCAAUCUGUAAACGUUAAAAUACUCACCGUUUCAAAAGUUUUGCUAUAAGACGUAAAACAUAUGUGCGUGAAUAUUUACUUACUGACCAUUCUGUAUAAAGUUAUAACCAAUAUUAAAAUGUUGUUGCCAGGAUGAUGUGACAAUGUAAAUCCUUUAAUCCUAACCCUAACCCUAAUUGAUUUAAAUACUUUUACAGCUUAAAUAAUACCCAAUUUUUUA